GGUUGUCAUUGACGGCAGAGCCCAACGUGUCUCAACAUGUUUGCUAAUCCCGCCCGGGCCGAUCCACACUGCAAGGAACACUGACACCUCGACACCUUCCGCGGGAGAGGGAGACCUGCGAGUGGAGAACAGGAAAGCCUCUUGCUGUGCGCUGGCGACGAAGGUCCCCAGGCUGGUCCAGAGGGCGAGUUACUUUUCCUGAAUUCCGCCGCGUGGGUCGCCGCCGAGGUCCGUCCCUACAUUGGUGUUGUGUUUGAAUGGCGAAAAAGAUGGAGAGUUGAAGCUGUCUGGAAUUUCGGCUUAAUUUACAGCAGUGAUGGCAGACCUGACCAACAUUCUGAAGAAGGUGAAGGCGGGCCAAGUGGAUAGCCUUCAGGACAAUGUCAGAGUAUUAUUAUCUACAUGCAAUGGGAGUGCAGAGAGUCAGCAGAUCCUCCGACACUGUUCCAGACUUGUUUAUGAACAACAGGACAUUAAUGUUCAAGUUUUCUCAGGCAUUGUGGAUAUUGUGAAUAUUUGUUGCAAACACCAGCAAGGCCCUGCAACAGUUGAUGCAAUAUUCCACCUCAAAUCCAUGUUUUAUGUUAUACUUAUUACUUCAAAGAGAAAAGAGUUACAUCGGCAUUUGAUACAGUUAGUGUCAAGUGUCAUGCCUUAUGUGCCACAGUGUGACACAACCAAGGGUGAUGGACAGGCCAUUGUCAAGAAUUUGUACCAGAGUGUUUGGAAUGCAAGUCUGAGCCACAAUAUACCUGCUGAGGCCUUGAUGCUCCAGGGAUAUGCUUUACAAUUCCUCUUGGCUGCAGGAACAAGUAUUAAUAAAGUGUGUGAACAAGCUCUGAAGGCUGUAGCUAAUUUUGAGCAUGUUCAAAAAACAUCUGAUCACCUCGAGAAGUUCUUCCCAACUGUUAUUUCUGGUCUUUUGGGUAACAUGAAAAGGGGCACUAAAGUGAAUGGAGAUACGGUGCUGUCCGUGUUCGGUCUUGUGGUAGAGUACGCCAAAACUCUCCUCAGACUGAAUAAAUGUGCAGAUUUCAGUGGCAUAGCAGGUCCUCUUGUAGCUGUUCUUGAGCAGAGCUGUGACCAACAGACUGUCAUGGCACUCAAAGUAGGCUUGAAGCUGAUGGAGUUGGCUAUGGCCAUAAAGUUGGGAAAGCGCGGUGAGGAUAUGAUGAUGAAGUUCCUCCAGUCAUGCAGCGUUGUGUCGUCUUCAUUAGUGCCGAACAUGAUCUUACUCCUCAGUCUUCUCUGCACUACUGCCAUGUUUGAACAACAGCGUGGUAGAGAUGUCACAUAUAUGAUAAGUAUGCAGCUCUUAGACAAACUUGUGGAAACCCUUCUCAGUCGGUGCAGUUCACCAUUAACUGAUGAAAAUGUGAAGAAGGUAGCUACAGUCCUGUGUCAGCAGUUGGGCUUUUAUGUCGACCUCCAGAAGAAUUCCGCUGACCAGAAAGCUGUCCUGAAGCAAGCUCUCCCCUGGGUCAACAGGGCCAAUUCCUUCAUCUCAGCCAACUGUGCCAAGAAGCCAGAUGCUAUAUGGCAGAUUUAUAAUGUUGGUGUCAAUGCUGGAAAUUUGGGAGUUCUGGCAUUUAAGGGAACCAUAUACAAUAUAGCAGGAAAGUUUCUUGAAACAUCUGUGGACAUGCUUGAUAUGUAUUACAGCAUGGCAUCAAAUGAUCAAAAAAAGACUGUUGCUACCUCCCUCCAUAAGAAGCUGGUGUUAUGGAGUGAUGCACUGAGGUAUAGUGGUUGUCACUGGGAUGCUGCCGUGGCUGCAGGAAGAGGCAUGCUCAGAAAACACUUGACCACAACAGACCUUGUUAACAUGUGGGUCAAGUGUAAAAGGGAUGCAGAAAGAACAGGCAAUAAAAAGUUGAAGGGAUUAACAGUAUGUGACGUGGUAGGUGAAGCAAGAAGAAAGUUCCAUGAAACAGAAGGGGCCACCUUUAACAAAACUGAAGCUCUUAAAUAUGAAAUUGAGAGCUACAAAAAACAAAGCCAAAACACAGCAGAUGACCAGCUCUCCUGUGGAAGAGUCCUGGUGGAGGAGUGCGAGGGUGGGAAAGACGCUUACGAGGCUAAGGUCUAUGGGCUCCUAGUGAUGGUGGAAGUGCUCUGGAUUCAACCCGAGCUUGCAGGAUCCAGUAGUGAGGCUGUAGACUUGGUCAAGAAAGCUAUUGCUCUCAUUCAGGAGGCAAAGAAUAACAAAAGGUACAGCAGCAGACUCGCAGAGUUGGAAGCCCUAUCAAACUUCUGGCUCUACUUGUGCAACCUUCAGCGGAUUCAAGAAACUGCAGCUGAAGAAGUGAAGGAGUCUGAGAAGCCUUCUUCCCUGACAGUCCAAGCAACUGACCUUGGGGAAGAAGAGCAGGUCAAUGAUGCCUGUGAUGUGCGCCCAGCCCCCACCUGCUUGACCUUAUACUCGCAGGAAUCCUCCUUUGCUCCCCUGCACUCUGCACUCAGGAUAUGGGAGGAACUCUCUUUGAAGGGGGAAGCAUUGGAGGAUGUGGCAACUGUAUGUUCUUGCCUUGCUUCUGUGGGAUAUGUGUAUCAACUGAGUGGCUUUAUUACACCCACUGUGCGAGCCUGGACAACUCUUGUUUCUGUGGCACGAAAGAACUCCUUACGGACAUAUCUACUGAGAGGUAUAACAGAGUUGUUGCUUGUGGUGCCUGAGUUAGUCCCGAAAGAACUAGUAAAAGAGGCCAAGGAGGCCAUUACUGCAUGCCAAGCUAGCAGUAACCAGGAUCCGUCUGUAGUGUAUGUGACCCUGAUUGCUAUCACAGCACUUGCCUACUACUAUCUCAAAUUGGGUCAGUACAGUGAAGGAGUCUUGUACAUGUCUGAAGCCCUUAAGAGUGAUGUAAUGGAUAAGCGGACUGUGAGGGCCACUGAAGCUCAGACGAUAGUGCACUUUGUAGCCUCUAUGUAUGCAGGCCUUCCGCACUGGGUCUUGGAGGAGGCUAAGAAACCUUCGCAGCCAAGCAUAUCACUAGCUCUUUUGGCAUGCCGUGAGGCGAAUGCACUUGUGGAGUCAUACGCAACUUCAUCUAGUAAUGAUAUAAUCUGCUGGCGGCAUCGAGUAGCUUGGCUUCAUUUAACAACGACAGUUUGGUUUGGCAACCAGUGCCUAAUGUCGGCUCAGCCCCGCCAAGCACGGGCAUACCUCAAGCAGCCUCUCAAAAUUGCACAAGAAUUAGCUCUUCCACUGAGGACGGGAGAGCUGCUGGAGCUACUGGCUCGAGUGGACUUGCUGUGUGACCAGCUGGAUGACUGUCGAGUUAAGGUUGACAGUUUGCUGGCCUUGCUCAUUGCCCACCCAACCCAUGCUCAAGAAUACCUACCAAAGGAUGCCAAAGUAGCCAAGCAUGUUACCAUGAAUACCAAACCAUAUGAGGGCAAGCUGUCUUGUCAGGUUCUUUCCGAGAUUGAAAUUGACAGUGAGGAAAAGAUGCGAGAUUGCAGCGCAGCUCCAGAUUAUGAAUUGAAGGCCUUCCACAACCACCCGGGCCUAGUUGUGGUGGGAGCUGAGGAGCGCAUAGGUGAACUGGCACACCCACGGCAGCCAGUGUCCCCUUCAAUGAGGUAUCGGGAAGAUGUUACUCUUGUACGAGUGGAAUCCUGUCCAGAUGGGCAAGUGAAGUGUGUCAUGUGCUCUACUCCAGCUCUGCAGGAACUCCACAUAUCCACAGCAAUAAUCCUGGCUCUUGUUCAUGCCCAUAAUGGACAACACAUAGCAGCGCAAACAUGUUUCAAGAGGGCUAUGGAAAUGUAUGAUGAUAUCACAGAAAAAGCGGCUUUUCUCACCAAUUAUCUGACGUCAAUUAUAAGUGCCAGAAGCAAGAAAAGUACCUCAUUUGCCACUUUUCUUCAGUCAAGGUUGAAUCUAGUGUAUCUUCAGUCUAUGCACCACCACGCAGAGAGCCUUGCACUGGAGAAAAAAUGGGACCAGGCUCUACUUAUCAAUAUGAAAGCUCUCAAAAUUAUUAGAUCACUAGAUUCACAUAUGUUACAUCAAAACAUGCAUUUUAUCACUGUUAUCAUACUACAAGGCCAGAUCUUGAAGAGAACACAAGAACAUCAGAUGGAAAGUGUUGAAAGUGGUGAUGAAGCUGCGGAUGAAAGUUCUGUAACCCCAAAUGGAGAUGAAAAGAAAAACAUAUAUGAUUACAAAACACCAGCAAGGUCUCAGGCAAAAAUCUCAGCUAAGUCUGCCAUUAAAACAGGCCAGAAAACUCUCGCCAUGCCCAGCACUCUCAUCAAGGAAGGGAAAUAUUUCAGCAUAUACAGUGAUGAUGAAGAUACACAGGAAACUUCAGCAAAGCCUUCUAGGGCCCCCACGCCACCACCUCAGAGUAAUAAACCGACACGAGUGUAUAAGAGACAGGUGGCCACUAAGAGAGAGAACACCAGGACAGAAAGCGCUGCCCAAAGAAAGAAGGAUAUGGCUGGGGUAGAGGCAAAGUUGGGGCAGCUAGCUUUGGAUGAUAGCCCAACAAAACUGGUUUUGAAGGUGCCAAACUCUUUCUCCAUCUCCCCCUGUCCCAAAAGCUCGAGAUCUUCGAAAGGUAUAGAAAACAAAGGUGAAGAUGCUCGUGUGUCACCAGCAUCAAGAGCACCAGGGAAAAAGAGGACGAUCAGAAAGGCAAAAGAGUCGACAGUAUCCAAAACGCUUACUUUCUCAGACAAGGAUAACUCACUGGAGAAUGCUUCGAAAGGUAGCGACGACAUGGAAAUCAGUCUAGACGAUAACACAGAGUCAGUACAACCAAGAACGAGGAAGUUAAAGUCUCGGGUUCCCAAAGAUGAAGCCAAAACAAAGCCAACCUCCUCCAGGACCAGGGUGAAGAAGGAGACAGAACCUCGAGUCACCAGAACAACCAGAUCUUUGAGAUUAGUUUAACAAAUGGUUUGUAUAGAGACUGCAUGUUGUUUGUGAUGUUGCAUAGCACGGUAGUAUUAAUCCCAAGGUUAUUUCCUUUCAUUAUUCAGUAAGUUAAGGUUGACUAUACGGUUCUUUUUGUUUGUCAUAAAAAAUGUUUUAAAAUGGAUUGCACUGUAUUUUAUGAUGUAAGAUUACCUUGUCAGUCAUAGUCAAAGAGAUCUAAUCAUUAAGCAGAUCAUGUGCCAAAGAUUCAUUUACUAUUGAGAUACAAAGUUGUCGUGUCAUACCUCAAGAGUUGCUUUCUUGUACCCUAUAAAAGCUACUGUUUGUAUAAAAACUGCCAGAGGAUUUUAAGCUUCAAGAAUAUUUAUUUUGACCAUUACAUUUUGUGGUGUACAUAGAUAAUUGUAUUUGUUGAAAAGAAAUGAACUGUGGCUGUAUAUCAUGUUAAUUACUGAGGCAGAUUAAGAAAUAAAGUUAUAUUUAUACU